GGUGUGUGUGUGUGAAGAUGCCUCGCUAUUAGCAGGCUUCGUGGGGUGCCCCUCGUGUUGCAAAGAGCAGCGGCAGCAGCCUGUGCUUCGGAUCCACUAAUAUGCCCGUGAAGCAGCAAGGAAGAUUUCAGCGUCCUCUAAUUCUGCCUCCGUCUGAAUGCAGAGCUAGACAAAUACCAAGCCCACCAUGGAAUGCCUCCCGUCCUUUAAAUUUUGCUUCCGGAAUGCUGUGAGAUUGGGACUCGCCGUUCGUCGCAACCACCCUCCCCAGACUUUCCGUCACUUCUCAGUAUGGGAGGAACGGCUGUUGCUAGAAAAUGGCUCCCCCCGCAGGGCUGGCCCCAAAGAAGUAUCUCGCCGGCACGUCGACUCUCUUCUGGAUAGGGCGGAAAGUGGGGGGGCUGCCCAGCCAAACCAGCAGCCACUUCCGACUAGCAAACCCUGCCAAGAUCACAGGCUUCAGACUCCAUCCCAUCUCCGGUGGAAGCUGCCUGCCAAAUGUCCGCCCGCCAGGGAGGAGGAAUUCUGGAACCUGAGAAACGACGACUUCAGAGAGAAGGGACAGUCACAGCCCAGACCUUUGCCUGCUGGACGGACCAAAGGCUCUGAGGUCUUGUUUGGGAUUGCGCCCUGCUCCUUGGCGCUGGCGAGGGCCAAGAGGGGCUUCUUCAGGCUGUUCCUCAAGUCUGGCAGUACCAGCACGCGGCCCGUGAUGGAAGAUUUCUCCCAGCGAGCAGAGGCCCGGGGCAUCCCCGUGAAGCUGGUUCCAAGGAAGGUGCUGGAUGCCCUUUGCCAGGGAGGGGUCCACCAGGGCGUCUGCUUGGAGGCCACGCCCCUUCGCCCUAUUAGUUGGCAGGAAGGGUCCUCCCAUGAGGCUGAGGGGGCCACCAGUGAGGGGGCCCAGCUCCUCUGGCUGGCCUUGGAGGGGAUACAAGACCCCAUGAACCUGGGGGCUGUCCUGCGGUCUGCUCACUUCUUGGGUGUUGACGGGAUUGUGAUGAGCCAAAGGAAUAGUUGCCCUCUCACACCCGUCGUCAGCAAAGCGAGUGCUGGGGCCAUGGAAGUCUUGGAUGUGUUUGGCACUGACCAUCUCCAGAGCUUUCUCCAGGCAAAAUCUGAACAAGGAUGGGAAAUCAUUGGGACGGUUGGCCACUCCACAGCCGUGGAUGACAUUCCCACGGAGAGCUGCUUAGAUUUUCGCUGGACAAAGCCCACUAUCUUGUUACUAGGGAAUGAAGGCUACGGCCUUUCCCCGGAGACUAGAAGGCUGUGCCGAAGGAUGCUGAGCAUCUUCCCAGGAAGAGAACUGCAGCCUGGAAUCGAAUCAUUGAACGUGUCCGUUGCAGCUGGGAUUCUUUUGCAUUCCAUAUGUAGCCAAAAAAUGAAAGCGACAUGAAGUUUUUGUUCCUUCUGCCUGAAAAAACAACAUCAACAACACGUCCUUGAAGAUGCUUCAGCCAAGGACGAGGGAUCUCUAGCAAGAUACGUG